AUGAGUGCUCCAAACAACCAUCGUGCGUCUUUCGAAGACAAAGAUAUAAAAGACUCCAAGGAGGUUUCUGUCCAGCAGCUCAGCCUGUCGCUGUCACUGUCAAGUGGUGAUCACUCUGGUGCUGAGUCGGUGCCCGAUGUUGUUCCUUAUAACGAGCAGGUACCCAUCACACACCUUGCAGACGAUGCCGUUUCGAAACAGUUGUCGAGAAUAAAGUCGUAUGCCUCGUCGAACGCACGUCCCAAUGAAGAGGACAUUGGCGCCGAGGAAAAAUCUUCUGACGACCAGUCCGUGUAUAGUAUCUCCAAGGAUGCUAAGUUUGAUAGGUUUACUACUAACAAAAAGGGCCUCUUUGUGUUUAUUGUGUCCGCCUCUUGUUUCCUAUCACCGUUGUCGGGUUUGGCAUUUUUGCCUGCUGUUCCUGAAAUCGCUGAACGCUUCAACACCACAGGUGAGGUGAUCAACGUUUCUGCCGCUGUUUACUGUAUUUUCAUGUCGUUGUCCCCGUGCAUUUUCUCGCCUGUGUCUGAUAUAUAUGGAAGAAGGUUCUGCUUCCUCAGCUGUUGCGUUUUCUAUUGCAUCUGUACGAUAUGUGUGGCGGUGUCGGUGAACUUGGCCAUGUUUUACAUCUUCCGUGCUUUGACAGCCCUUUUUGCCACGGCCUUCUUCAGUGUUGGUGCUCACAUCAUCAGUGACUGUUACAUUCCUAGCGAGCGUGGCCGUAAGAUGUCUUGGAUCGUUACUGGUGCUCAAACAGGUACUUCUAUUGGUGGUGUCAUUGGAGGUAUAAUUGUCAACUGGACCUCGUGGAGAGUGAUAUUCUGGGUAAUGGCCGGUUUGGGUGGAGUGAUUCUUGCUCUUGGUGUAUUCUUUUUGCCAGAGACAUCGGUGCGUACCAAGCACUCUAUUCUUUUGGAAGAGGCGAGAAAGGUUGAACCCGAGAAGAAGUUUGUUUUUGUCUGGUUCAAUCCUCUCAAGAUCAUCGACGCUUUGAAGUACCCAACCUUGUCCCUCGACGGUUUCAUUGUCAUUUCCAUGCUUUACAACAUGUACUCGUUGCUCACACCUAUUCGUUAUGUGUUGAACCCAAGAUUCAAUUUGGAAAAGCCAUUGUAUUCUGGUUUGUUUUACUUAGCACCAGGUCUCGGCUACUUACUUGGAUCCUUCUUCGGAGGCAAGUUUGCCGACAACACCGUGAAGAAGUGGAUCAAGAAAAGAGGCAGAAGAGUUCCCGAGGAUAGACUCAGACAAAUGGUUUGGCCCUUGACUAUAUACUACCCAGGAUGCAUUCUCAUCUACGGCUGGACCGUGGAGAAAGCUGUUGGCGGUAUGGCGGUGCCAAUCAUUUUCAUGUUCCUCAGUGGUAUCGCUCAGACGAUUGCUUUCCCCGCCAGUAACACCUACUGUGUGGACUCUGUUCCCGAGCUCAAUGGUGACGGUAUAGCUUCGUCAUACUUCUCCAGAUAUAUUGCCGCUGCAAUUGCCUCCGGUACUUGUUUGAGAAGUAUUCAGAACAUUGGUGUUGGCUGGACCUGUACCAUCAGUGCCUUUGUCUUGUUUGUGGCCCUGGGCUUCAACUUUCUCCUAAUCUUUAAGGGAGAGGUGAUGAGAAUGAAGUCGUUAGUCAAGUACGGCCAUAGAACUCAACAGGAGCUCGAUAAAAUCAUUGAAAUGCGCAAGGACGAGCCCAAGUGGUGA